AUGCAAGAGAUCUGGAGGAGUGGGACGAAUUGGGACGAGCCGAUUGCCGAGAGUUUGUUGGACAUGUGGUUUCGAUGGGUAGAAUUACUACCACAAAUCAAUGAAGUACAGGUGCCAAGGUGUUUCUUUGGCGAUACAUCAUCCAACUCGCUGCAGGAAUUACAAGUACAUGUAUUUGUGGAUGCAAGUGAAUCCGCCUAUGCAUGUGUAGCAUAUGUGCGACUAUACUGUUCCGGUGAAACACGAUGCGCAUUUGUGGCUUCCAAAACGAAGGUGGCUCCUCUUAAACCGCUUUCAAUUCCGCGUUUGGAACUACAGGCGGCUAUGAUUGGUUCUCGUCUAAUACAAUCCAUCUGCACUUCCAUGACGCUUCCGAUUACCAAACGAUAUUUGUGGACAGACUCCAGCACUGUGUUGGCAUGGCUCCGCUCUGACAGCCGACGUUACCAUCAAUUUAUCGGGUUUCGUGUAGGAGAAAUACUUUCUCUUACCAGUAUCGACGAAUGGAGAUAUGUCCCCUCAGGUUUGAAUGUUGCGGACGAAGCGACGAAGUGGACAUCCGGUCCUACAUUUAGCCCCAAUAAUCGUUGGUUCUCCGGUCCGGAAUUCCUGUUGCAGAACGAAUCUAAGUGGCCAACCGAAAUUGCAACAUCAGCUCAUAUAACUACCAACGAGGAAUUGCGUCCUGUAUUUCUGCACCGUUGUAAUGUCAUGACACCGCUCGUUGAUGUGGCCCGAUUUUCUAAUUGGGAACGUCUGGUGAGGGCAACAGCUUAUGUUCAUCGUGCGAUAAGCAUUCUGCGAAAGAGAUUUUCAAGCGAAAAGAAAACAAUGUUACUUCAAAGUGAGGAAAUUCAAAACGCUGAAUUUACCAUUUGGCGACAAGCACAAACUGAAGCAUUUCCUGAUGAAAUAGCAGCAAUGAUGAAUCGUGGGAUGAUUGACAAAUCUAGUCCUCUCUAUCGACUAAAUCCUUUCCUGGACGACAACGGUAUUAUCAGGAUGGGGAGUCGAAUCGAAGCUGCUCCUGAGGCAACGUUUUCUACCAAAUAUCCCGUGAUACUACCAAACAAACAUUCGAUUACCGCACUAAUCACGGACAGUUUUCAUCGACGACUCUUACACGGAAAUAAUGAGACUGUGAAUAAUGAAAUGCGGCAAAUGUUUUAUAUUGUUGGACUUCGUAACUUGAUUCGAAAAGUAGCUCGUAACUGUCAGAAGUGCAAGGUGAGAAAAGCAACUCCAAGGCCUCCCAUGAUGGCACCACUACCCAAAGCACGACUCACACCAUUCAUACGCGCAUUCACGUUUGUUGGUGUGGACUAUUUUGGACCAUUGGAAGUCAAGGUGGGAAGAAGUGUUGUUAAGAGAUGGGUGGCACUCUUCACCUGCCUCACGGUAAGAGCAGUUCACCUGGAAGUGACACAUAGCCUUUCUACACAGUCAUGUGUAAUGGCGUUCAGGCGAUUUAUCGCGAGGAGAGGUGCACCACGAGAGGUUUAUUCUGACAAUGGCACCAACUUUGUUGGAGCCAAUCGUCUAUUGAUGGAGGAGCAGAAAAUGAUUCAGCAGAGCAACCGAGAGUGUGCGACCACUUUCACCAACGCACAUACAACAUGGCGCUUCAAUGUACCCGCUGCUCCACAUAUGGGUGGCCCGUGGGAGCGCAUGGUCCGAGCGGUGAAAUCUGGUAUGAAAGUGGUUUCUAAUAGUUCAAUUCACCCAACUGAUGAAGUAUUAGAGACGAUAUUGUUAGAGGUGGAAGGAGUUAUAAACUCACGACCUUUAACCUACAUACCCCUGGAUGAUGCAGAUGAUGAGGCACUAACACCAAAUCAUUUUUUGCUAUAUGGAUCGAGUGGUGUGACACAACCGGAAAGACCUAUAAUACAUGACAAGACCAACCUCCGAGACAGCUACAAGAUGACCCAACAAAUUGUGAAUAAAUUCUGGCAAAGGUGGGUACAGGAGUAUCUUCCCAUGCUAACGCGACGUGUGAAGUGGUUUGAGAAAGUUAAACCAAUCGAACCAGGAGAUUUAGUGAUCGUUAUAGACGACAAGACAAGGAACAGUUGGACAAGAGGACGAGUUGUAGAGACCAUAAGUGGGGCAGAUAAUCAGGUACGGCGAGCCAAAGUUCUCACAGUCAACGGAAUCAUUUCAAGGCCCGCAGUAAAGCUGGCAGUACUAGACGUAAGACCGCGGCUACAGAGCGACAACGAUGGUAAUUCAGCCACUGGAGUAGCUCACGUUGCCGAGCUCUCUGGGCACACUGGAAGUGAGGCUACUGGCUAUUCCCUCGAUCAACCAUCGCUGUAA